AUGUUUGCUUACUGGUGUCAUUCUCAAUCGAUGAUUGAGUAAGAGGACACUCGCCAGUCUAAUGUUGUAGAAGAUGAUAAUGGUGAUGGUGGUGGUGAUGGUGAUGUUGAUGGUGAUGUUGAUGGUGAUGGUGAACGGGGUGAUGAUGAUGAAGAUGAUGAUGAAGAUGAUGAUGAUAGCGGUGGCAAAAAAACUAACAACGUUGUUGUUUGAAGAAAUAUCUUCUCGUAUGUUUGUUUAUUUCGUUGUUGCUGUUUCUUAUUUGGCUAUUUUUUCCUUUUUUUUUUUUCUGUUCAGUAUUUUUUCUUCUCGUUUCUUUAACAGCAAAACUAUUUUACAUCAAUACUGCACUUAAGC